AUGCUUGAAUGCUGUGGUUGCAAUCAAAAAAACCAACUCUGGACCCUUUCUUGUACUUGCACCCCCAUAUCACCCCCCAACGAUUGCCACCCACCAACCUCCCACACCCCAAAUGAAAACACGCAUCCAGGGCCGGCAUCCUGCGCACGCUGCAUCCGCUCCAGCUGCAGGCCGAGUGCAACGCCGGCGCCUUCCAUCGCACGGAGGACGGCGGCCUGGGCGAACGGAUCGAGCUGGCCGAGGUGGAGGUCGAUGUGGAUACGAUUAAGAAGCUCAAGCUGGGUCAGAGGUCAUCGCUCUGGUCCCGACCCUCCUCCACCACCUCCCAGCUGCAGCAGGAGCACCACCAGCAGCAGCAGCAGCAGCAACAGCAGCAGAAGCACCACCAGCAGCAGCAGCAACACCACCAACAGCAGCAGCAGCAGCAGCAGGCACCACAGCAACCACACAAACGAGCGCAUUCAAAGUCACCGCAGCCACAACAACAACAGCCACUGCAACAACAACGCCAACAACAUUCACCCGCUCCUGGCCAAAAAUUGCUUAGCGAGAAAUCGGAUUAUUCGAUAUCCGUCUGAGACAUUGGUAAGAUCUGAUCGCAAGAUCAGCACAUUGGAUGAGAUUGGGCCCCCCGAUAGCCAGAGAUUUAGCAGCAGCCGGGCCGUUUUUGUACAUUUUUGUAAUGCAUUUGUUACCUAACCACCACCUUACCCCUGACACUACAAAUGAUAAAUCCCCUCUACUCCAAACUUUCGGAAGAGCCCCACAAAAAACCCAGUAAUACCCUCCUGUCCCCCAAAACAAAAGAAACAACCAGAACAACACUCAGUAAACUUUCGGACAAUCAGUAUCAAAAUUCUGCACCAACCAUCCAACCAAAAACCAAAACCAAACAUACCGAAUCGAAUCGAAACACUUCCCAUUAUGAACUCCUGCCCUAUUUAUAGAGGUCAUCUACUAUAUCUAAGUAUUAUCGAUUGUGCAUGCUAUAUACCCACAUACCCACGUAUGUAUGUACAUGUGAAUGCAUAUGGCAUGUGUCCAGAAAGAACCCAGGUCAGUUGUCGAACUUCCAGAAAUGUUGUAUGUAUAUAUAUACUAACGUAGUCUAUUAAGUAUCCGUAAACGACUAAUGCGUAUAUCACUCGAAACUGUAACUCAAACUACUAACUGCAAAACUAUCGCAAACUAUCGUAUCGAAUCGAUUCGAAUCGAACUGUUUUUCAUCGUAUGUAGAAAGGACGACCUUCUUCUAAGUGUGUGCAAGUCUCGCCAAGUUAGAAGCAAUGAGCUACUCCUAAAGUAGUCUAUAAAGUCAAUAAGUUUCGGUUUUGUGGUACACCAGGGCGAUGAGAGGCGAUGUAGCGAUGAAACGAGGAAUUUAAUCUUGAAUUCAUUUCAACUUAAACCGAAAACUCAGAUAUAUGCUGUGUACAAAUUUAUAUGAAUGUAUAUUUAUGUGUGUCCGUGUGCGUGUCUACGUUAUGAGGCAGUCGUGUGCUCAUGUAUGUAUAUAGGGAUAUAUACCGAGAUAUACAAUCGAAGAAUACUCAUUUAGUUGUUAGCGAAUCCACGUACAUGUAGGGUAUUGAGCAAAUGCUGUAAAUAAUCAAAAGUAAAAACCCUCAAAGGACUGACAAUGUUGCAUGACUCACAUAGAAAACAAAAGAGUAAAAGUUAAAGUAAAAGUAAAAGUCAAAGUAAAGCCACAAUGAAAAUGUUAACUAAAUGUAUUCGAUAUAGCCGAUGUACACACACACUCGAAUACUCGUUUGUCGCCAGCUGAAUUUGAAUUCAAGAAAGCAGCAGUAUUCAUAGAUAAUAUGACAUGAUAUCGCAGUAAUCACACAUUAGUGUUUCCAUUACAAUAAACUGUCUGUCAUUCGUCGAGUUGUAGAUAAAUGUUUUUAAAAACGAAUUAAAUGAAAGUAAAUUGAAGGAGCCUGUAGGAGAAUCAAAUACAAGUCGUAAUUAAAUUUCGAAUUAUCAUAAACACUCAAUCAAGCAGCAGAAUGGAAUGGAACGAAGCCAAGUUAGGAGCAGACAAACAAACUACAAAUUAAUAUAACUCUUAGUUCGUAUCGAAUAAUCCAAAAGUAAUACGAGUACAUAGCUGUAUUUUAACUAGCCUACAAAAGCAUAAGGAAAACCCAUUAAACAGUCAAAUAAAAUCGAGGAAAACCAGAAGGAGGAAGAAGGAAGAGGAGUAGGAGUUGAAGGAUCAGAGGGACGAAUUGAACCCAUUUCGGAAACCAUGUGCCAAAAUUUGUUUUUAGACAAAGCUCUCUUAAAUUACGGAUAUACAAUAAAUAAUGCAAGCCAUGAAAAGCGAGUAAAUAGCAGCCACGAAAUAUGAACAUACCAAUUAGAGCCACAGAAUUCACAAAUAAAGUCGCAGAUUAAGGUGUUCACUUGGGUAAAAUUUAUUCGGCCCGAGCCAGACAGCAUAUUUCUUUUGUGUCUCAUUUAAAAUACAAGCAACAAACAAAAAAAGAAAGAAAGAAAAACGGAAAUUUACGAGCCAGCAGCACUCUUUGUUUAUAUAGCGAUUAACGCGAUUUUAGUCGGUUUUUAUAUGCAUUUAUUUGUACGAAGCAAUGAAAUGGUUUAUUACAUUUAACAUCGAAUUUUACGAAUUUAUUAAGAACAACAGCAAGUUGCGACUGCAAGGAGCAACCUCACAGCAAAGUCUACAAAUCAAAAGAAGAAAUUAACUUAAUAGAUCACAAUCAAAACGAGAACAAAACCGAGUAAUUAUAGAAGAGAGGGAGAAACCAUUUUUUAUGUUUAACAUAUAAUUAGCACAACAACUACAAAAUAAAAACUAUUAAUGUAAAAACA